AUUCUAGAGACUUUAAAAGCUAUGACUAGUCCAAGACUUCCACGUGUCGGUUUAGUAAAGACAGUCACCCAAAAACAGUCACAGCCAGUCACUUGAUAUGCUAUCCCGGCACAGGAACACUUUCCUGGAAAAUAUUAAAACCUCACGGCGUGAAACUUCUUCUGCACAUUUUGUAGCUACUACGGUCGCUUAGCUCCGAUUGGUUCAUCGUCUUCUCCGGUUUGCUUUGUUCUCAUUUUCCUCAAAUUCUCCCAACCCAUUAUUUUGGUCCACCGAGUAUAUAUGGGUCGUGGCUCAGUGACGUCGCUCGCUCCUGGGUUCCGCUUUCAUCCCACGGACGAAGAACUCGUUCGUUACUACCUUAAACGCAAGAUCUGCAAUAAACCCUUUAAGUUUGAUGCUAUCUCUGUUACCGAUGUAUACAAAUCCGAGCCGUGGGAUCUCCCGGACAAGUCGAAGCUGAAAAGUAGAGACUUGGAGUGGUACUUCUUCAGUAUGCUUGAUAAGAAGUAUAGAAAUGGGUCGAAGACGAAUCGUGCGACUGAGAUGGGAUAUUGGAAGACCACAGGGAAAGAUCGAGAGAUUCUUAAUGGCUCAAAAGUCGUAGGGAUGAAGAAGACUCUUGUUUACCACAAAGGUAGAGCUCCUCGUGGCGAAAGAACCAAUUGGGUUAUGCAUGAGUAUCGCUUGGUUGAUGAAGACCUCGAUAAAACUGGUGUUCACCAAGAUGCGUUUGUGCUUUGUAGGAUUUUUCAGAAGAGUGGUUCAGGACCUAAAAAUGGAGAGCAGUAUGGUGCUCCAUUUGUUGAGGAAGAGUGGGAGGAGGAGGAUGAUAUGACCUUUGUACCUAAUCAAGAAGAUCUUGGAAGUCAAGAUCAUGUUUAUGUCGAUAUGGAUGACAUUGAUCAGAAGUCUGAAAACUUUGUGGUCUAUGAUGCCAUUCCUAUCCCGUUAAACUUUAUUCACGGGGAGUCGAGCAAUAAUGUUGAAACAAACUACUCAGACUCCGUAAACUAUAUACAACCAGGAAACUAUGUGGACUCUGGUGGCUACUUUGAGCAACCAGAAGAAUCUUAUGAGAAAGAUCAGAAGCCUAUUAUUCGUGAUGGUAACCUUCAAAAUGACGCAUUGUUUCAAGAGGAAGAAAUUGGCUGUGGUGUCCAGGAUGAGCACACCUCAAAUUUGCUAUCAUCUGAAAACAUCUUUGGGACUGAUACAUCAUGCUACAAUGAUUUUCCAGUUGAGAGCAACUACUUGACCGGUGAGGCGUUUCUGGAUCCGAACAGUAAUCUUCUGCAGAAUGAUGGUCUGUACCUGGAAACAAAUGAUCUCAGCAGUACCCAGCAAGAUGGUUUCGACUUUGAAGAUUAUCUUACCUUCUUUGAUGAGGACGAUGAGAGUGCUCAAAACUUGACUUUUGAUCCUUCUCAACUGAUGGGAAAUGAAGAUAUUUUUGUCGAUCAAGAAGAGCUCUUCCAAGAGGUCGAGACCAAGGAACUAAAGAAAGAGGAGACGUCAGGGAGCAAACAUGUGGUGGAAGAAAAGGAAAAGGAUGAAGCAUCUUGUUCAAAACAAGUUGAUGCAGAUGCAACAGAGUUUGAGCCAGAUUACAAGUACCCGUUCCUCAAGAAGGCAAGCCACAUGUUGGCCGCUAUUCCUGCUCCGCCUGCAUUUGCUUCUGAGUUGCCUACAAAGGAUGCAGCUAUCCGGUUACACGCAGCACAAUCAUCAGGUUCAGUUCAUGUAACCGCAGGUAUGAUCACAAUAUCAGACGGCAACAUGGGCUGGUCAUACGGCAAAAACGGGAACUUUGACUUGAUCCUUUCUUUGGGGCUGGUCCAAGGGAAUACUGCCUCCGAGAAAUCAGGAAAUAGUUCAGCAUGGGCAAUGUUAAUCUUCAUGUGUCUCUGGGUCCUCGUACUCUCAGUUAGUUUCAAAGUGAGCAUUUUGGUCUCUUCCGGGUGAUAGGUACCCCUUUCUUUUCAAACAAGACUUUUGUGUUUGUACAUUGAUAUAGAUUUACUUGCAGUGUUCUGCUGCUCAAUGUUUUAUUCUCUAAUUAUAUUGAAUAAAUCUCAUUCUAUAUCACAAUACAAAAUACUGUAAAAGUAUGUUUCAGAGUUGAUGUUAUGGUUCUAAUCGGGUUCUUGAUUUGAUUUUA